AUCCAACAUGGGCGCCGGGAUCUCACGAGCCACUCGUCUCAUAAGGAAACCUUUGGAAACUCACAGAAGAGUGGAGAAAAUACUGGAAAAGAAACCAAAGCCUGCACCAAAACACCCUAGCUCGGAAUCUGCAAUAGCUGAUGCACGAAACCAUAACAAGGAGCUGUUUAAACAGAGAGACAGAAAAGAUGACAUCCUUCUAGGCAGACUAAAGGAUUUCAAAAUAAUGGAUGCCCAGGAAGGGAAGCCUAUCACAGGAGAGCAGGAGACAAACAGAAAGUUACCCGUAUCCCGCGAGUCGAUGUCCCGUCAGGUAGGCGUGGUGCCGAAAGGGAAAAUUACCUCAGUCCAAUUGUCAGAACUUUUUGCAAAGAGAUUGGAGGAUCCUGAUAAGUGGACAGAUGAAAAACUUGCGGAGCACUAUAAGCUCGACAAAGAAGCUUUAUCGUCAGUUUUAAAGUACUGUAGUGAUUAUACAGUGGUGGCCAGAGCAGAAUUACCCAGGCCACUGGAGCCGUCGGUUAUUGGUUGACACUGGUGUAUCUGGUGCGAUCAGAAAAGAUGCUUGAUGUUACACGUAAAGGAAAAAUCUUACGGUGUUGACCAAUACCUUGAGUAAAGAGAGGUUCGUUUAUCGAAAAAAUCCAUCGAUUUAAAGUCAAUUCACUUUCCGGUUGAAUUUAUUUGACCAUUUAGUUUUUCACGCAGUCAAUUCUGAGAAGCAGAGGACAAAAAAGUCACCGUCUUGCGCAGGAUUGCGGUCAUGAUUUUACAUGUAAAAAUGCCGUAAACUCAUCUGCUGUUAUUUGACAAUAGAAAAAAAAAAAAACGCAAGAUUGUGACAACGAUGCAAAAUUUUCAGAGCCUUGCGUUCGAUGCUGGUGGGAUAAAGUAUAAGUACUUGUGAGAUUUCUUUUUUUUUCGCGCACAAACAUGAUAUUUGCAAACAAAUAAAGACAAACAAAGUACAAUAUAAAACAACAUCUUUCAUUUCUUUGUGGUUUUCUUUAAGCAAGACUUCUGAUUGAAAAUCGAUUGACCUUUGCCCUCAAAACCUUACGACUGACCAGCGUCUAAUUUCUCCUAACAGAAAUAUUGCUGAAUCAUUCAUAAAGAUCAUGAAAACAAAGGAAAUAAUCGCGAACCUAAGAAGCUUUCAUUGUUAAACGAAAUCUCCUUGUCAGGUCCAAAGGAAAUGGAUAGAGAACAGUAUGGAGAAUACAGAUACUGAUACCACCUUAAACAGUAAGCUUCAGAUUUUUUUUCCGUUCGGACUGUCAUGCUUUGAAUCCAGUUGUAAGUAAUCGCCUGCAGCGAAUUAAAAUCAUCAGAACCACAAAAGGAAGUGCGACCAAUGUUAUACCUCAUUCACACCAGCAAAACAUGCUUUAGUUAGUUAAAUCAGUUUUAACUAAAUAAAAGUCAGCCAUGGAAACCUAAAAAACUAAAUUUUACACAGCUUCAAGUAUUGGGUAACUUUUGUUUACAUUGAGCCAAUUUUGAAGUCGAUAAACAUCACUUUAGUAGCUCCUAUUAAGAAAAAAAUUUCAAAUCUUGUUUAACAUCUUUUAAACUUGUUUUAUUAAGUACAAAGGGGUUAUAGUCUAUUGCGUGCUGUGGAUUUCAUGUAGUUCAAAUGUUUGUAUACAAGACAUUGAAUCUAAAGUUUUAUUUUAACUCAAAGCGUGUAUGUGAUAACCUCUCUAAUCAGCAUUCGUCUUGUGCGUGGAAGAAUUCUUAUUCAUUAGUUUACUCUGCAAGAUAUUAACUUGGAGGAAAUCCUCCAAGUCAGCUUAUCAGGAUUAUUCAGAUCGAUAAGAAGGGAAUUUGUUUCUUGGAUUUGAAGUUAACGUUCCAUUGACGUUUCAUUGUAGGGCUUAAGAACCCGGCAAACAAUGUUGAUCUUGCGCCUUUGGCGGGUACUCAAAUAUUUCCUUGCAUUCUUGAUUGUUCCUCAAAAUAUCGACAAAGGAAAUGAAGUGAAUUAUUUUUUGGGUCAUAUUUUCCCAGGGGGAUUAAAAAUGUGUUUCCGUGCAGGUAGAGAGGAAAUUAAUGGAAAAACAAUUAAGUGAUUUGUUCUCAGCCAGGUCACUUGUAGGGUAUUUUUACGAUAACAGAUUACAAAAUCGAUGACACUCUAGCCUCUUGAUAAAUAUUUUCACGGAAUUUUUAAUGCUGAUAUUCAUGAUUAAAAUUAGCAGUGGUUGUCAAUCAGUCUGUCUGUCUCCGUGAGCUUCUUGUCUCGAAUAUUUUUAUCGAUAUUUCGAACUGGAGAUGAAAAUAAUUGAAAACGUGAUGCCCUGCAUUGAAGAACUCAAUUUCAAAACAUACCGAGCGAAGUUGACAUCGUUGAUAUUAGGUACUCGAUCAGGAAUUAUGUCUGUUAAAUUGAAAUAUUCGUUGUAAGGUGUGACUCGAUGAGUUUUUUCCUUCCUUUGGUGAGUUAGCCGAAUCCGUUCAGGUCCUAAGGUCCUUCUGUAAACAAAAAAAAGAACUGCAGACAAUUUUGGGAUAUAAAUUGGUAGCUUUACACAUCUGCUUAGCCAUGUCAAGCUGUAAAACUAAUGAAGGAGACUCUCACAGAGUCUACUUCUUGUUGUCAUUUCCCUAAUAAUGAUAAUAAUAAUUACAACUGUUAUUAUUAUUAGUAUUAAUAUUUUAUUAUUAUUAUUAUAUUAUUGUGCAGUGAACGACAUCCCUCGAUAUCAUGCUUGCCUUUAAAGCUUUGAACACUCAGAUCCCUCAAUAGUAGCAGUCGUACUGAGUACUCUUUAUUUAAAGAGGGUAGCACAUAAUAGUUAAAAACUAAUAAACUUGUGGCCCUCU